UUUGACCGAUGGUUAUGUUCGGUUAUUGAUAAAUGUACUGCUAUUUAUAGCAACACCUAUUCAUGAUGGAAUGAGGACACCUAUGGGUGACCGAGCAUGGAAUCCAUAUACUCCAAUGAGUCCUCCAAGGUACAACUGGGAAGAUGGAAAUCCAGGCUCUUGGGGAAGUCCACAGUAUCAGCCCUCCAUCACGACCAUAUGAAGCCCCGACUCCUGGUGCUUGUUGGGCUAGCACACCCGGUGGAAAUUAUAGUGAAGCUGAAAAGUUCAGCCUACGGUAGCACUACUUCCUGUCCUUUCAAAAAAUAGUAAUUGCUGAAAUGACAAAUGGGGGAGUGGAUCGUGCUGUUGAAUGUACUGGCAGCAUCCAGGCCAUGGUGAGAGCAUUCGAAUGUGUUCACGAUGGUUGGGGUGUUGCUGUACUUGUUGGAGUGCAAAACAAAGAUGAUGCAUUCAAAACUCAUCCAGUGAAUUUUUUGAACGAGAGGACUCUUAAGGUUACCUUUUAUGGUAACUACAAACCUCGCACUGAUCUUCCUUCAGUUGUGGAGAAAUACAUGAAUGGGGAAUUGGAACUGGAGAAAUUCAUCACUCACACCGUUCCAUUCUCAGAAAUUAACAAAGCUUUUGAUUACAUGCUGAAAGGAGAGUCCAUCAGAUGCCUACUGUAAAAUAAAGGAUGACAUAGUUCCUGUGGAGGGACUUUGUUCUCUUUCUGGUUAUCAAAAGAAGAAAAUAAAGAUUAUGUAUAAUUAAUCCCUUUUUGGAUUAUUGAAUCUGUGAGAAUUUGU